AUCUGCAAGUUCCCGUCCAGAUUCGGUCGACAACAAUGCGAUAGCAGGUGCAGGUACAAGCUAGACGAGAGCGUUUCCCGAGCUCGGCAACAACUUCACCAAGCGUUGCGAUCACGGAGUAAUAAUCGAUUGCACGCUUUGCCAUGUCGCUCAAGCAAGAGAUUGAGACCUGGGUCGCGGCGUUGGCUGCGUACGACAACACUGAGUUCGACGCUUCCUUGAAGUGCUUCCAGCAAAUCGCGGACACCUCGAAGAUCCUGUUCAACAUUGGCGUGAUCAAUGCGACCCUUGGACAACAUGCGCAAGCUGUCGACUGUUACCAGAGGGCGGUCCAGCUCGACCAGUAUCUGGCCGUCGCCUACUUCCAGCAGGGUGUGAGCAACUUCUUGAUGGGUGAUUUUGAAGAGGCGUUGGCCAACUUCAACGACACCUUGCUGUAUCUGCGCGGUAACAACAACAUCGACUAUGAGCAGCUGGGACUGAAAUUCAAGCUGUAUUCUUGUCAGGUAUUGUUCAAUCGGGGCUUGUGUUACAUCUAUCUGCAGCAGAAGGAUGUGGGUAUGCAAGAUUUGAUCUAUGCCGCGAAGGAGAAGAUGGUGCCAGACCACGAUGUGAUCGACGAGGCGAUCAAGGAGCAGGCUGAAGGCUACACAGUCUUCUCGAUACCGAUGGGCAUCCUCUACCGGCCGAAUGAGGCCAAGGUCAAGAAUUUGAAGACGAAGGAUUAUUUGGGCAAGGCGAGGCUGGUGGCUGCGCAAGAUUCGCAGAACGUGGACUCGCGACGUGCCGCUCUCGCUGCGAUGGCGCGCGAUGACCGACCCGGGGAGAAGCUCUCGUAUGGCGCUUUGAACCUCGUCCGACCGGAUCUCAGAAGUCGUGGCAGUCGCCAGCAGUCUGCGCCGCCGCUCAACCGCAACGUCUUCCCUCCCACGCCUCCACCAGAGCCGGACCAUCGACCAGAAUCUGCUCACGAGCGAGACAUGCACAAGCACCGCUCCGCUGAAAGCUCAACCUCCACCAGCUCCAGCUCGAAGCAAGCUCGAACAUCUGCGAAGCCACUGCGCUUAGACCUGGGUGCUGCGGCGUUUGAGCAGUCGGUCAGCCCAGAGAAGCCGCGCCCGGGCAACAAACGAGCUGAGUCCGAACGGCCAACCGCGCGACGUCUGCGCAGCGAUGAGUCUAGUCGAAGGAAAUCUGAUCGUACGGAUCAGCGCGACAUCCCUGAAGUACACGUACAAGAAGACCCGAUCGAAGCAUACAGCGAGCAAGCCAGCGCACCUCAACGACCUCCAAACCAACGCGCCCGCUCCAGCGCCCAUGCGCUCAAUUACCUGCCCAUCUCAGAAGAAGACGAAGGCGAUGAGAGCCACAACGUUGCCGACGAACCACUCGCCUUCGAGAUCGUCCCGCCGAAGUCCAGCAGUCACCACCGACAUCGAUCUCAGUCACGGCGACCGCCGCCUCCCGAACUGCGCAACAUCCGCAUCAAGGUGCACGUCGCCGACGAUACCCGCUAUGUGAUGGCUAAGCCUAGCGUCACAUACUUCGAGUUCACGGAGCAGAUACGGACGAAGUUCUCGCUCACGAAUCGCUUCAAGCUGAAGAUGAAGGAUGAAGAGGGAGACCUGGUCACGAUAGGGGAUCAAGAUGAUCUUGACCAUGCUGUUACAGUCUGUGGGGCAGCGGCUGCGAAAGAAAGAGUAGAAAUGGGUAAGAUGGACAUGUGGCUGCAGGAGAUAUAGCAUUGCAUUCAAGCCUUACCUACCAAAGUCCAAUCUCGCUGUCGAUUUCACUUUGCAGUGGAAGACAUACCAUGUCCCUCACGCGCGUACC